AGCAUCGAACAUAAACAAAACUCGAAACAUCUCCAUCCAAUACUCACACUCCCGAAGAAAAUGAGUUCCCUGAAGAAGACAAUGGCAAUGCCGCUCCUCCUAUUGCUCGGGUUGCUUCUUUCUGCUAGCAUUGCUUCUACACUAAAUAUUUUAACAUGUCCAGUGAACAAUUUGGUCUUAUGCGUUGGACCGUUGGGAAAAGUUGUACCUAGUGCUUCGUGUUGCAGCGGAGUUGGCCAGUUCCUCCAAAUUGAGGCCAUACUUGGAGAGCAGGCGGCAAAAAAUUGCCUCACACAGGUCUCUGCUAUUGUUCCUUUAUUUAAUAUCACCCUGGCCAUAGAUGCAUGUGGCAAGGCGCCGUCCCCCAAGGCGCCGUGCCCCAAGGCCCCGCCCCCUCGCCAAUAACUAAUUGUCAAGAAGGGUAAGAGACGACUCCUAGCUACUUAUUAUACAUCUAUACUAAUAAACGGUAAUGUCAUACGUAUAAUGUUUUUAAGCAUAAUAGUUUUUAAAAUAUACAUGACUUGACAUUGAACUUGUGAAUAUAUAUUAAUUCACUCG